AUGGAAAGUAAUGAGUGCCAUUCAAAGGGAGCGAGUGAAGCGGAGUGGUUCUUCACGAAGGCCAAGGUGGCCCUGGCCGUGGCGAUAAUAAAGAGCAGGCCCUCGGGAAUGAGCGGCAGGGAGUACGCCGAGGAUUUGGCCCGCAGGUUCAAGAGCCGCGAUGGAAGCUGGGAGGAAAGGGCCCGGGGGCUGCAGCUGGAGGUGCUGAGGCUGCGACAGGAACUGCUGAUCACCAGGGCGACGGCAAACGUGAGGAGCAGCACGGAGGCAGCAGGUCAUGACGACAUGGACAUCGCCUCCCAGGAUCUGUUCGGUCCAGGUAGUGAGGCGUACAGCGCUGACCUCCAACCACGCUGCGACUCUGAGACUCCUGAACUCCUUCAGCCGGACCCCCCACCUGCCAUCCCGCUCCCUCAGCCUCCAGUUCCCUCCAGUCCUCACGGGGGUCCUUGUGGUAAAACCCUGGUUCCUCAUGCUCAGUUCCUCCAGUCGCUGUGCUCCCUCCACCGCGUAGAAGAGGACAGCCGAGGCCUGGAGUCCCUGUGGUUCAGCCCUGAGGGGGGCGUCGGGUCCGUGUUGGCGGACUCCGUGUGCCAGCUCUUGGACUCGGUGGUGGCGGCGUGCAGGGUUCCUCUUCAGCUGGGAUCCGGCGACCCGGUCCUGCAGGCCUGCCGGGUCGUGACCAGAGCGAUGGACCUCUUCUGCUCCCAGAGGCUGCCGUCCGUGGAGUUCACCAGGAGCGUGGAGGAGUCGCUGAGGGAGCUGACGGUGCUGCUGCUGCACAGCAAUCAGCUCAGCAGGCACCGGUCCGCUGAGAAGCUGAUGGAGUAUCUGAUCACGCUGGGGAGCAGCAGCCUGUCCAGGACCUUCCUCAUUCCUCACAUCCUCUCUCUAAUCAGCGACCUGGCCCAUCAGCUCUGGCAGUUCUUCCAGGGCCAGGAGAGCUCCUCGCUGGACGAGUUUCCCGUGGACCAGUAUCAGAACUCGUGCUACCUGUUCUGGAUCCUGGAGGAGCUCCUGCAGAACUCAAAGGUACCGUGCAGGGUGGAAGUGGGGUCGGAUCAGACGGGCUUCCUCCGUCACUUGGAACAGCGCGUCUUUCUUAUGUCGGAAGAGUUCCCGUUGUUUUUCAUCUGCAUGUGGAGGUUAGGAUGUCUCCUCACCUCCUCGGACAGAUAAGAUCCCCCGAGAGCAGGGAACAGGUUCUCCUUCCACCCCUUAUAGGACCAGAACGCUUUGAACUGACACUACAACCAAGAAUAUGAGAAGGGAUUCAGUCUAAAGAUGGACAUCCAGGCUUCUCUUCUUCUUCACCCUCAAUAGAUUAUCGUCGGCGUAUAGAAGUCAA